AUGGAUCCCUUAUGGUCAGACCCUCCGCUGCCCCCAGGACCCCUCACUCACCUGGGUCGGCUAGAGAGUUCCGAGGGGCAGAGAGAAGACGAAACAGACUAUCCAAGCCCCUUGUCCUGCUGGAACAGGUCACCUCCAGAGCCAUCUGCAGUCCUCCGUGAUGGAGUUCGAAGAUGUCUACAGAUGCAGUCUGAACAGACUGUGCGGAUUUUACAUGCCAAGGUGGCCCAGAAAUCCUAUGGGAGUGAGAAGAGAUUCUUCUGUCCCCCGCCCUGUGUGUAUCUUAUGGGCCCAGGCUGGAGGCUGAAGCCGCAACAAGGACAAGCUAACGAGUCCGGGGAGGCGGGAUGCACGGUCUGUGGUUACAUGGGGUUGGACGGCGGUUCCGCGGAGACCCAAAAACUGAGCUUUGAGGAGCAGCCAGACUCUAGAGAAUUCGGCUGCGCCAAAGCUCUCUACGUCUCUGACUCGGACAAGAGAAAGCACUUCCGGUUGGUGUUAAAGCUGGUGCUGCGAGGAGGCCAGGAGCUAGGGACCUUCCACAGUCGCCUCAUCAAGGUCAUCUCCAAGCCGUCCCAGAAGAAGCAGUCACUGAAGAAUACAGACCUAUGCAUCUCCUCUGGAUCCAAGGUGUCCCUCUUUAACCGCCUUCGAUCCCAGACCGUCUCCACACGAUACCUCUCUGUGGAAGGAGGUGCAUUCAUCGCCAGUGCCAGACAAUGGGCAGCCUUCACCCUGCAUCUGGCUGAUGAUCGAUGUUCCCGGGGAGAAUUCCCUCUCCGAGAAGGCUAUGUCCGCUAUGGUUCUCUAGUGCAGCUGGUCUGCACGGUCACGGGCAUCACACUGCCCCCCAUGAUCAUCCGCAAAGUGGCUAAACAAUGUGCACUCCUGGAUGUGGAUGAACCUAUCUCCCAGUUACACAAAUGUGCUCUCCAAUUCCCAGGUGGGGGACCAGGAGGUGGUACCUACUUGUGCCUUGCCAUGGAAAAGAUUGUGCAAUUCCAGGCUUCACCCUGUCCCAAGGAAGCAAACCGGGCACUGCUGAAUGACAGUUCAUGUUGGACCAUCAUUGGCACGGAGUCAGUGGAGUUCUCUUUCAGCACCAGCCUUGCCUGUACCCAGGAGCCUGUCACCCCAGUGCCCCUCAUCAGUACCUUAGAGCUGAGUGGUGGGGGUGAUGUGGCAACGCUGGAGCUUCUGGGUGAGAAUUUCCAUGCAGGACUGAAAGUGUGGUUUGGUGACGUGGAGGCAGAGACCAUGUACAGGAGUCCCAGGUCCUUAGUGUGUGUGGUACCCGAUGUGGCAGCUUUUGGCAGUGCCUGGCGAUGGCUGCGCACGCCCAUUACAGUGCCAGUAAGCCUGGUCCGUGCUGAUGGGCUGUUGUACUCCAGUGCCUUCUCCUUCACCUAUACUCCAGAGCAGAGUGGCCGGCCGGCCCCCUCAGGAGCCCCUGAGCUGCCUCCCAAUGCAGAUGCCCUCUUGGAAAGCAUCCACCAUGAGUUCACUCGCACCAAUUUCCACCUCUUCAUUCAGAGCUAG